GGAUUCGGCCAUCUUGGCGGUGUCAGCGUUAGGGAUGGGUCGCAGAAGUCGCUCGCGCUCUCCAGCACCUCGCAAAGACAAAGAAAAGAAGCGAACUACUAGUACCCGUGGCCGGAGUCCAGUAAAGUCAAGUAAGGCUAAGACCAAGGCUAAAAGCAAAGGGGAUUCAAGCAAAGUGACUGCCAAAAACGGCACAGAUAAAGGAAGUAGCCGUCGAAAUCGUUUAUCAAGCAGUUCAUCAUCCAGCUCUGGCAGUUCUAGCACUAGUCGCAGCUCCAGUUCAGGGUCAAGCAGCAGCAGAAGUAGUAGCAGCAGUAGUAGUGGAUCAAGUCAUAGUGGGUCCAGUCGCAGUAGUAGUGGAUCAAGUAGCAGCAGUAGUAAUAAUGAAAAGGGAAAAGCUCCCAAAACUAAAAAAGAAGUGAAGGAAAAGGAGACCAAAGAAGUGAAAGAAGUAACAAAGGAACCCAAAGAAGUCAAAGAUAAAGCCCUACCCCCUCCCCCUAAACCAAAAUCGCCCAAAGCCUCUCCUCCCCCAAAAUCACCGAGGAAAUCGCCAAAGAAAUCACCAAAGAAAUCACCAGUCCCUAAGUCACCCACCCCGCCGCCACGCACUAGGCCCACGCGGCGAUCAGUUUCCAAAUCCGUGUCCAAGUCUCCUAGUCCUGUGAAGCGUGGACCUCGCGCCCGUUCAUCGUCUUCUUCAGCUUCUUCACGCUCACCUAGAAGACGCAAAAGGAGCCCAACCCCCAAACCGGCCAAGCUUUACGUGGCACAUCUUACACGCAACGUCACGAAGGAUCACGUUUUCGAGAUAUUUAGCGUAUACGGUCACGUUAAGUCAGUUGACUUACCCAUGGACCGUUUUAACUUUAUGCCCAGGGGAUUUGCAUACGUGGAGUAUGACGAGGCGGACGAUGCAGACACUGCCUUGAAACAUAUGGAUGGCGGGCAGAUUGAUGGACAAGAAAUAACCGCACAGAUGGUGCUUCCCAUAAGGCCACGCGACGUUAGACCCGCUCGCCGUCCCAGUCCACCCCCGAGGCGCCGUCCGAUGCCAGCUUGGAGGAGAUCACCGCCUGCACGAUUCCGUGGCUCGUUUAGAGCGGGUAGACGAUCGCGUUCUCCGUCUCCAAGGCGCAGGUCUCGCUCGAAAUCACGGAGCAGAAGUCGAUCACCACCAAGGCGACGGAGAUACAGCCGAUCUAGUUCGAGUUCAUCGCGAUGAUAAGGACAUUGCUAUGUUUAAGGAGAGAAACAGUGUAGAAAUACUUUUAAACACCACUAGCUGCAUUACUGGGGUGAAAUUCUUUUAACACCUCGAGGUUUCUUCAACGAAAGGACGUUUUUGCAAAGACAUUUCUUUUAUUAUUUUUCUUUCGUCUCGUAUUUUAAAACGGUACAUUUCCCUUCCAGACAGUCGAACAAUGCCAACAUGGCAUUUCAAUUUGUCUCUCAGAAUUUGGAAUAGAGUCAAGUUUGUUGUUAGUUUCUUUCAUAACGUUCAAGUAUAAGACCCAGGUCUUUGCUAUUUUGCUGAAAUAAAGAGUCGAUCAUGA